UCAGUGCUAAACACCAGCAGAGAAUCAUAUUUUGUUCAUUCUGUGUAGAUGGAACAGGCAUCGGUCUUGAGAGUCCAUCCUGAUUUAAAGCUGCUUACUUGGUUUUCUGGGAUUAAAGGUGCUCAAUGAAUCAGGGCCCCCCAAAUGAGUCAAACAGCCAAUUCUUGCCAACAGUUGGUUGAAAACUGUGCCGCGCAUGUAGCAGGGAUGGCGCAAGAGGACAGUCGCCGUGGUCAAGUGCCACCCACGUUUUAUCAUGGUGCCAGCCAGGAACUUGAUCUGUCCACCAAAGUAUACAAGAGAGAGUCAGGAAGUCCUUACUCUGUGUUGGUGGACAGCAAAAUGAGUAAACCGCAUCUCCAUGAAAGAGAGGAGCAGCCAUAUUUCAGGGAGAACAGAUCGGUAGGAGAGGUCCGGGCUGUGAAAGAAGAUAGAGAAAACUCUGACGACUCUGAGGAGGAAGAAGAGGAGGAAGAUGAAGUGACUUACAAAAGGGAGCAGAUUAUAGUAGAGGUAAACCUUAACAACCAAACAUUAAAUGUAUCAAAAGGGGAGAAGGGUGUCCCCUCCCAGUCCAAAGAGACUGCUGUUCUUAAGACCAGCAGUGAGGAAGAGGAGGGUGACAGUGGGGAAGAGGCCACUGAAGACAGUAAUGAUGAUGAGGAAAAUGAGAGGCAGAAGAAAAAAGAGAAAAGAGUGGAAAAAGUUAGUGUUGCACAAAGGAGAACAAGGAGAGCUGCAUCUGCUGCAGCAGCCACAACUGUGGAGCCCCCCAAGCAUCUGCGACAAAUGUGGGAAGAAAUUUGUUCUGUGGAGCCCCCCAAGCGUAAGAAGAAAGCUGCAAAGGAGCCCAAGGCACCUGUGCAGAAAUCAAAGUGUGAAGAGAAGGAGACUUUAACCUGUGAGAAGUGCCCCAGGGUGUUUAACACACGCUGGUACCUGGAGAAGCACAUGAACGUCACUCACAGGCGCAUGCAGAUCUGCGACAAAUGUGGGAAGAAAUUUGUUCUAGAAAGUGAGCUGUCCCUUCACCAGCAAACAGACUGUGAAAAAAAUAUCCAGUGCGUUUCCUGUAAUAAGUCAUUCAAGAAGCUCUGGUCCCUCCAUGAACAUAUCAAGAUUGUCCACGGAUAUGCAGAAAAAAAAUUCUCUUGUGAGAUUUGCGAAAAAAAGUUCUACACCAUGGCCCACGUGCGGAAACACAUGGUUGCACACACAAAGGACAUGCCAUUUACAUGUGAAACCUGUGGAAAAUCAUUCAAACGCAGUAUGUCUCUCAAAGUACAUUCCCUACAGCAUUCUGGAGAGAAACCUUUCAGAUGUGAGAACUGCGAUGAGAGGUUUCAGUACAAGUACCAGCUGCGUUCCCACAUGAGCAUCCACAUUGGGCACAAACAGUUCAUGUGCCAGUGGUGUGGCAAAGACUUCAACAUGAAACAGUACUUUGAUGAGCACAUGAAAACACACACUGGAGAGAAGCCCUUUAUCUGUGAAAUCUGUGGGAAGAGCUUCACCAGCCGCCCAAACAUGAAGAGGCAUCGCAGAACUCACACAGGGGAGAAGCCCUACCCAUGUGAUGUGUGUGGCCAGCGAUUUCGCUUCUCCAACAUGCUCAAGGCACACAAGGAGAAGUGUUUCCGUGUUACCAGCCCUGUCAAUGUGUCAACUGCUGUCCAGAUCCCACUGUCCACGACUUCUGCCACCACAGUCCCUGCUGUAGUGAACACACCCACCACCCCAACUCCACCUAUCAACCUGAACCCAGUGAGCACACUUCCUCCACGCCCCAUUCCCCACCCAUAUUCACACCUUCACUUACAUCCUCAUCCUCACCAUCCACAUCAUCUCCCGGUCCCCCCAGUUCCUCAUUUACCCCCUCCUCCAGCUCUUUUUAAGAGUGAGCCUUUAAAUCACAGAGGCCAGAGUGAGGACAACUUUCUGCGACACCUGGCAGAAAAAAACAGUUCAGCACAGCACCACUAACAUCUUUGCUUCCUGCCAGCUAUUUUCCCAUUUUAUGCACAUGGAAACAUGCCCUCAUGGAAGUACAGAGGGUUAGGUGGUGAGGAUCUUUGUCUUUCUCUUAUGGUCCAGCAGAUGGUCCUAAUUUUUCCUUUGAAUCAGUUAACAAACAAGGAAAUCCUGUUUUGGAUCAGCAGUGCUCAUUUGAACCUGGGAACCAACAGGACUCAAACCGAAUUUGCUUGCGAUUUACUGGUGACUUUUAUAAAUUUCAGAUACUGAGACUUGUGGAAUUUUAUAAUUUCAUAUCAGCUGAUGAGGUAUGCUUGCUUUUAUAUCCUGGACUUCUCCUCAAAGAGGAGAUAGGCCUGGUUUUCUUUGUACUAAUCGGAAAGGCUGUGAGAUUAAUACAGAGCAUUAAUUGUAUCACUGUGUAUCGUAAUGGAUUCUUUUCAGCUUUUGGUGCUGGCUAUGGAGUGAGCCAGCCACGUAUCACAGUAUAUUUGAGCAUUAUAAAGAAAGACAAAAAAAUUUCUUGUUUGUGUAGCUCUCCUAACACACUCUUUAUUUUACUACAGAAAUUAUUUUAGAGUUUUUUGUAUAGACCUAUUUAGUAGUCUGUUUCUAAAAUGAAAUGUAUUUCAAUAAGCGGUGUAAUUUUUUCAGUGUAGCUGGACCUAUGUUGUAUAAUAGAUAAAUUUUUAUAAUCAUCAAAAUGUGAUUCUUAAAAGAUGCAUAUAGCUUCUAUAGUUAAAGUUAUUCUUACAACCAUACAACUUAAAAGGUGCUUCAGAGAAGAAAGAAACCCAAGAGGUCUCUGGAAAGGUUGCCUCAAAAGUGAUGUUGAUUUCAGAACUUUAUGUAAUUUAU